CCGCACCCUCGUUGCACCAUCGACUGUAACAGUAGACUGUUUGCUGCCUCUAGAUACAAUCGCUAGCAGUGACUGCAUCCUCUGACUACCGUGUCUUCUCCUUCACCGUCGCCGCCACCCUCACACUCAAGCCACCAUUCCGCCACCACCUACAUCCAUUUAAAUAUCCUCCGCUUCCGAGUUCCGCUGCCUCUUCCUCGAUCUUCCUCCUACACCAGCCUGGCCCGGUCCAAAACACCACUCGAGGAAUCUAAUAGACUACACUGAAAACAACCAUGGCCACGUCUGAUCUGGACCAACUAGUCAUGAUGGGCUUCGACAAGGAACGCAGUGAAAUGGCACUGAAGAGUACAGGUGGUUUGGCAGACGCGAUUGACUGGCUCGAUGCAAACUCGUCAAAAUCACUAGAUGAACUGAAAGCCGAGAAGGACGCGGCAGCAGAGGCAAAGGCAGCAGAGGCAGCCGAGGAGGCGCGGAGUCUUGUGUGCAACGAAUGUGGGAAGAAGUUCAGAGGGACCGCUCAGGCAGAGUUCCACGCAUCAAAGUCUGGCCAUACCGACUUCUCGGAAUCAAUCGAAGAAAUCACACCCCUGACCGAGGAAGAGAAAAAGGCCAAGCUCGCAGAGUUGAGAGAGAAACUGGCAGCCAAGCGAGCCGUCCAGUCGGAACAAGACAAGAUCGACAAGAAACGCAACGAACAAAUCAGCCGGAAGAAGACCAAGGAAACAGAAGAUCUCAAGGAGCAACUCAAGGCCAAGGAGCAGAUCAAGGAGGCCGAAAAGAAGAGACGCGAGAGGCAAGAGGACAUUGACGCGAAGAAGCGGAUUCAGGCCAAGAUCGCCGCCGACAAAGAAGAACGAAGAUUGCGAAUGGAGCGGGAAAAGGCUGGGCGAGCCGGGACAGCCCCCCCAGUUGCGGCAGCACCCCCUCCGGCAGCGGCUCCUGCAGUUUCCAAACCGGCGUCGGAGUACAAGGAGACACGGUUAAGAUUGCAGACAUCGACGGGAAAUAUCAUGAAAACCUUCCCUGUCGAGACAACCUUGUUCGAGGUAGCGGCGGCCGUGGGGGAGGAAACCGGUCGGGACGUCGAAAGCUUCACACAGAACUUCCCGAGAAAGGUCUUCAACCAGGAAUACUUUGGGGAGAGUCUGAAGGAUCUAAAGCUCGUGCCCAGUGCCAGCUUGAUUGUGAAGUAGGUCUGGCUCCGUUUGUUUGCAUGCUGCUUUUGAUUCUUCAUGGCGAAGGCGUCUCGGCCAGACUGGCUUCUUACGAGGCCGUUUCUAUGUGGGUUGGAGCUGACCGACAAACACAAGGGACUAUCCAUUGCCCUGGUAGCACUCGGGUUCUCGGAGCUUAUGGCGCAUAUAGAUAAAGCAGACACAUUCCCCCGAAGGAUAUCUAGCUUGAAAGACAAAAGGGGAUCAAGAGGCAGGUGUCAUUUUGUUGAGGGCAACUGACUCAAGCUCAUCCAGCCUCGUCCUGUGCGUCUUCUCAAUCCAUCCAAGGUCUUGUGCCAGGUCCCCCUUUCGUGCUUCGCGACAAAACGACAUCGCCAGCUGGUCAGCUGAUACUCCGUCUCUCAAUCAUCUGAGCUGUGUAUCAGCCUCUCGAAUAUACAAAUUCCAUAUCUUGGGUAGACGUCGAGGAGCAGAAGAGAGCAUGAAUCCUGUACUCGGGUGGACGAAUAACUCAUAGAUCGUCAGCUGGUGAUUUCUGGUCGAGCACGACCAACAUUGUUUGCGUACGAAUUCCAGUGGCCG